CCUCCAGAUCUUUCCUAGCCCAGGAAUAAGGUCGGGUCCAAAAGAAGGCCACAGGUCCAAAGCCCAUCAGAUCAUACGCUCGAGAGGCGGCUCGACUUCACGAGCCUGGGCCGGCAACCCAGGGUGAUCCGGAUCAGAUAUGAGCACAAGCCCCAUAAGGGAGUAGGCCCAAUCACUCACCAGCCCUACCCGCAUGAGCUCUGGAGAGCAUUAAAUGGCCGUUACGCAUGGAGCAGGGGCCUGACACAACCGUACGUACGGGCCUGAGUGAAAAGGACAGGAAAGCACUAUAUACUGGAGGGUCUUCUCCUUCAAGGGGGGGACUCUCUCUCCUGCUCCUUCUUCCUUAAUCCCAUUUUUAUUUUCUCUCUGCAACUCUGGCUUAUCCACACUACUCUAGCUCGUAAAUCUGACUUGAGCGUCGGAGGGUCUCCGCCGGGGCAUCCCCGAUGGGCCCCUGACCCCCUUUUUCCUUAUUUUGCAGGUCCUUUCCUCAAAGAGAAUAUGGAGAGACCCAUUUGACAGACCCAUCCGCUGUAGCCCAAAAAGAAAUCAAAUCUAUAUAACAGGGGACGAGGGAGAACCAGAUCUAUCGGAUAUGGAGCCCAAGGAGAUUUAGAGUUAUCAAAUGGCGUCGUCUGUGGAAAACGAAAGAUAUUUUACUAUCUCAAAAGUUUUCAGAUCCACCCAUUGAGAUCCACAUAAGAGUGAGUAAUAUAUGCAUUUGUUGAAAUUAUGAGUUCGGCUAUAUACAUAUUAAAAUAAAAUAAAAAAAAGGAGGUCGGAGCUGUGUUUAGCAAGACAGAAAGGAACUCGGCAAAUCCGACGACCACAGCGAUAGAUUGCUCGUUGAGGUCGGAUCCAUGUUCGAAAUUAGAUUCGUGGUCGAGGUCGAAGCCGUGUUUGAGGUUGGACUCGCAUGUCAGGACAGAUGGAAAGCAUCGGGGCAACAGGGAGACAAUACAAAAUUGUCAGAUGCCCAAACUAAUCGAAGAAGAGAUUCGGGUUAUACGUGUUGGCCAGCUUGAAGACGGCAACAAGUGAGGUCGGCACAACGAGUCCUCCCAGAUCUACUCUUUGUCCCCGUCGAAAGCUUCCACAGAGAAGGAAGGAAACAAAGCUCAGUUAUAUACAGAGGAAGGAAGUAGGCAGGAUUUCGCUUUGCUUCAUGGAGGAGAAGCUAAUUGACAGGCCCGAAUCGGCGGUGGCGCGGCUAGAGGCACUGUCUACAUCGGCGUUCAGGGACCACGGAGUUUCGGACUUUAGUGGAGCUGAUGUGACCAUCGAUCCAUCAAUUGUGGCAUUUGACGAUCUAUUGGGACAGUUCUUUGGUAGGGUUUUGGCUGCGGAUGAGAAGAUUGGUGGACAGGUGUUGGAGGUUACAAAGAUUGCGCAAGAAGCUUUUAGUGUUCAGAAGGAGCUUCUCAUUAAGGCUAAGCAAACUCAGAAACUUGAUUUUGCGGGAUUGGCUGAAUUUCUCAAGCCAUUUGAAAUCUGCUGCGGACGGUCUAACAUCUUUAGCAUUGAUUGCUUGUAUAGGGAAAGAUUUGGUAUGGGCAUGCCUAUCGCACAUGUUGAAGAGAGUUGACAAAUGGCUGAAUUUUACAACAAUAAGGGUACUCUUGAAUUCCAAUAACGCACGCUUUCCAAGGAUGAAGAAAUCAAGCACAUCACUUUCUUCAGCAUUUUCUUUGCUCUAUCCGCAAAUUGCUGUGAAUUCCAAUAAGGAUCAUGAUUUAACAUUUCGUCCAUAUGUAAAUGUGGAGGUCGAUCGGCCAGUCGGAGUAGCAAGACCGAAAGGAGCUCGGACUGUAGCAGGUCGCCCAAAUAUCGAAAUUAUUAAUUUUUCAAGAUUGAGUUUGAGGGAAUUGCAGUAAA